ACCGCGUUGUCAACUUUUCUUUCAAACCGCAUGAGAAAUUCGUGAAGUGCAUUGCAUUUUCGCUCUUUAAGUGAUGAAGUUUCUAUUCUUCUUCGGAGUUUUUAUUUAUGGCUUUGGCUACUGCCGAUCGCUCAGUGCAAGUGCUGAAAGUUUUACUGAAACUUCAGUUUCGGGAAAUGUAACUUGUGGAAAAAACGAGUUUCGGUGUGGCAAUGGCAAGUGCAUACCUAGUCACUGGCAAUGCGAUAACGACAAGGACUGUAGUGAUAAUAGUGAUGAAGAUGAACACCUGUGUUUACUAAAAGUUUGCGGAGCUGAUGAAUUCACCUGCCGGUCAGUUGCUGGUGAGUGCGUACCUUUAACAUGGAUGUGUGACGGUAACCCAGAUUGCUCCGACGGUAGUGAUGAAAAAUCUUGCAAUGAAACAUGCCGAGCGGACGAAUUCACUUGCAAAAACGGUAAAUGUAUUCAAAAACGUUGGUUAUGCGACGCCGAUAAUGAUUGCGGCGACAAUUCGGAUGAAGCCGACUGCCCAGAAGUGAGUUGUGUGCCAGGAACUGAGUUUCAAUGCAGUGAGAAAUUUUGCAUUCCCUCUAAAUGGCGGUGUGAUGGAGAAUACGAUUGUAUCGACGGACGGGAUGAGCAAGGAUGCCCACCAAGGCCACAUCCAACAGUUUGUUUACGUUCAGAACAUGAAUGCAGCGAUCGAAUCACUUGUGUUCAUAAAGACUGGUUGUGCGAUGGAACGAAAGACUGUCCAGAUGGAUCCGACGAAGCACCUGCCCAUUGCACCAACGUUACUUGUAGGCCUGACCAGUAUCAAUGUGAUGAUAGAUCUUGUAUACCGGGAGCUGAAUUAUGCGAUGGCGCUGAGGAUUGUGCAGAUGGAAGUGAUGAACACGAUUGCGGUCAAACUACACCUCUUUGUGACCCUGCUACUCACUUCUCUUGCGGUCCUGGAGCCACGUGUAUUCCACUGAGUAAGGUUUGUGAUGGAAAUCCUGAUUGUCCAGAAUGGGAAGAUGAACCGAGGGGGAAGUGUGGUAUUAAUGAAUGUUCACAUGAAAACGGAGGAUGCACUCAUCGCUGCAUAGAUACGCCUGCUGGAUAUAGAUGUGAAUGUCGUUUUGGAUAUGCUCUUGGUAACGACAACCAUACUUGUAAAGAUAUCGAUGAGUGCCAGAUAGAAGGCACUUGUUCACAGAUUUGUCGUAAUAAUAAAGGAGGAUUUAAAUGCGAAUGUUUGCCUGGAUAUGCAAGAGAUCCAAGGGAUCACACCAGAUGUAAAGCCAUGGAAGGGCAUGCCUCAUUACUUUUUGCCAGACGGCGAGAUAUUAGGAAAAUAUCUUUAGAUCAUCAUGAAAUGACUAGUAUUGUUAAUGAAACUAACUCUGCCACUGCGUUAGAUUUCGUUUUCCGCACUGGCAUGAUUUUCUGGAGUGAUGUGGCUGAUAAAAAGAUUUACAAGGCACCUAUAGAUGAAGGGAAUGCUAAAAUUGUCGUCGUUUCAGAUGAGGUGACAACCUCAGAUGGCUUAGCAGUUGAUUGGGUAUAUGAGCAUCUUUAUUGGACCGACACGGGAACCAAUACCAUUUCUUUGGCUAACUUUGAUGGACAAAUGCGCAAAGUGUUAAUACGGGAUGAACUGGAAGAGCCCAGAGCAAUUGCUGUGAAUCCAGUAGAAGGCUGGAUGUUCUGGACCGACUGGGGUCAAGAACCCAGAAUAGAACGAGCUGGAAUGGAUGGGUCACAUAGAAAAGCUAUCGUUACUUAUGAUGUUAGGUGGCCCAAUGGAUUAACUUUGGAUUUGGUUAAGAAACGCCUCUACUGGGUGGACGCAAAGUUAAACACUAUUUCCGUAUGUGAUUGGGAUGGUGGUAACAGGAAGUUAAUUUUAUUUUCGGCUGCUGCCCUACGCCAUCCAUUUUCGAUCACUACUUUUGAAGACUGGCUUUACUGGACCGAUUGGGAUAGGGCUGCAGUCUUUCGUGCUAAUAAGUUCACUGGAAAAGAUUUAAGUCCUGUUACGGCCACUGAAAUGGUUCAGCAUCCAAUGGUUAUUCACGUGUACCAUCCGUAUCGUCAACCAGACGCUGAAAAUCAUUGUCAACCAGUCAAUGGCCACUGUUCUCAUCUCUGUCUACCAGCGCCAAGAAUAAGCGCACGCGCGCCGGAAAUCUCUUGUGCAUGCCCGGAAGGUCUACGCAUGCUAUCCGACGGACUCACCUGUGUACAAGACGAAACUAUAACGACAAGCACGCCAUCUCAGUCUGAGCCAUAUACGCCGAGAAUUGGUUCCCUUCCAGAGAGUACCACAAACAGGUCCAAAACUGGGACAGGUGCUCCAGAAUCUGCCGAUUCCGGUGGUGUCGCCGUAUAUGCCAUUAUCAGUAUUGCAUUUGUGAUAGUCGUAACUUCUGUGUUGAUAUGGUUUAUUUAUCGGCACAUAAUGCACCGUAAUGUUACCUCAAUGAAUUUCGACAACCCAGUAUAUAGAAAGACAACUGAGGAUCAGUUUACGCUACAGAAAAAUGACUACCCGGCUGUACAAAAACCGUACUUAAGUACUGUAGGAGAAGAGGCCCAACAACCGCUCAAUCCUGUUUAAGAAGAAUAAUCGAUGUCAAGAUAGUAAAUGCUCAACAGCAAACUUAUGCUCACUUAAAAACAAGUGGAUAUUAUCCUGAAAUACGAUUCUUAAUAAGAAACUAGAAACCGUAUAAUGAAGUUUGUUAGGCAAUUUAGAAUAUCUUCGCUCAGGUAAACAAAUAGUUUCGAAUCAAAAAGACGCCUGGUAUUGUAGUGUAGAUACAUAAACGAGCACACCGUUCGAAAUUGUAGUGACUUAAUAUGGUUUAGUUGUAAUAGAUAAAAUCGGGAGUUGGACAAAAAAAAGUUAAAUCAGGUUUUUUGGGCUUUUACUGUAUAAUAGAAAAUCUCUCUUAAAGUGAGAUUAAAAAUAUUAGUUUUAAUUCUUCUUUAGUUAUGAUGAAGUUUAUUGGUUCCUAUUUUAAUCUGUACAUAUUGAUUUCGAUUGUAUAAAAAUAAAAUUUUAAAGUGCAUCACAAAUUUAUUUAAGUUUAUGUAAUCAUCCAAAUCUUUAUGGGUUAAUUUACAACAAAUUGUGCUACAUGCUUUUCUAACAGUCACUGUAUAGAACUUUUUUACUCUUCAGAAGGGUUUUUGUAAAGCAAGGCGGAUAUAUUUAAGACAUUCUUAAUAUUCCUAGAGGUGCAUAUUAGCUAAAUAUUUCUUCGUUACAAGUGGCAAAUAUUCUGUGAUUAAUUUAUUUAUGUAUGAUUAAAAAUAAGAUGUUUUUUACUGUUUAGAUUGAUUUUUAAAUUAUUAUUUUUAUUUAUAUUGUCUGUUCAAAAAAUUAUUGAAAAUGCAAUAUAUGUAUUAAAAAUUGUAAA